ACAGACAAGACUCUUCGCAUGGUGAUUAUCGUCCUCGUCAUCUUCGUCAUCUCCUGGGUGCCUUCCCUCAUCAGUCGUCUUCUCAAGUACACGAUGCCGAUGACGGAGGGCGAGAAGGCGGCCAUGGAGGUCACAGCCUGCCUCAUCGCCUACGCGGGAAGCGCGCUCAAUUUUGUCGUGUACGCCUUCAUGAGCCGUAGAUUCCAGCGCGGACUUGUCACGCUUCUUGGCUGCCAACGUUAUUUCAAUCGCAAAGUCGACAUCGACAAACCUAAGAGCGACAUCGGAAAGACCUGCAUCGACCUGCCCGUCAUCGAAAACGACGUAGCCGACGUAGGCCCAACAAUGAAGACCGUGUACACGACAUGCUCUUCGAGCUCACCGAGGUCGCCAGAUUUAAACGAGAAACAUCUCUUAUAGAAUCACCGUACGACAAAUGCUCUCACGAUAAUUUCGUCCCACGAUCUAUUUCUUACACGAGACGAAUUGCUAAAGCCCGUUGCACAGGAUGCGUCAUUUGCCUGACGCAGGACUCCGUCAGUGACAGGUGCGUUCUUUAACGCGUUAUGUGAUGGUGACAGUGUGCAAAAGAGAUUGCAAAAUGAACAAUGUAUGCAUUGCAUUGAAAACUGACGCAUGAGUCCGCUGCCUUUACAGGCCUGAUUAGCGCAAGAAAUGACGCAGUCGGAAUGGCGCAUCAUGUAACGAGCAUAACUUCAAUCCUAGACUCGUCUAUAACUAUUUCUGUGAUUUUGAGGAAGUUAAGUCCGGAUGGCAAAUAUCGUCGGAGCGAAGGUGAUAUCACUUACAAAACAGUGGGUGGUCGUUGGUGUUCUUUAUUGUGGCGGUGACCGGUGGUCGCUUCGUACACUAAAAUUGCUUGCUGAAUGCGUCACUGAAUGCGUCACUGAAUGCGUCACUGAAUGUUGCUCGUGUUACAGCAGUAUAUUAUGCACAUAGAGUACCGAUUGAGAGCAGUUCUUUUUGCAGUGCUCUAAAACAUGGUUGUGAUGCGACAAGGUGUAUUGGACGGGAUCACACCUCUGUAAUGUAUUUUGAAACACAAACAAAAAUAUUAAAGAGUUCAAUUAUUUGAACCUUUUCAUUUAGUCGUUCGCUCAG